UCUCUCCUUUUCCUUCUCUUUUCCUUUUUUCCCUUUAUUCCUUUCGAAGUUCCAAACAGGCGUUAGUUUCGAGGGACAUUCAGAGGAUUUUCCGGUUCAGAAGUUCUUUCUUCCGAUCUUUCGUUCCUCUUCUGAAUCUUCUCCAGUCCAGUCCAGUCCUGUAAGGUAAUCCUAGCCCUAACCCUAAUUCCCUCUUCAUCUUUUCCAAUUUCCCAUCCGUUCCAUAGAGAAACCCUACCUCCAUAACUCUCUCUCUCUCUCUCUCUCUCUCUCUCUCUCUAGAACGAUGCUUCUAUCUCCAGGCCACUCCCCACGCCACCUCUCCUCCCCAUCCCCAUCCCCAUCCCUCUCCCUCUCCGAAAAACAAAACCCUAUCACCCCUUCAACCUCCAACAAAACCCCCAAAACCCAACCCUCCGUCCUCGACGAGGACAGCUACGUCGCCGCCAUCGAAAAGAUCAUCGAGCGCGACUUCUUCCCCGACAUCCCCAAGCUCCGCGAUCGACUCGACUGGCUCGAAGCCGUCCGCAGCCGGGACCCCGUCCAGAUCCGCGACGCCCAGCUCAAAAUCCUCGAGCGCCGCCAAGGGAAGGCACCACCAGAAGGUAAUAAAAUUCGAACGCCUGGUUCAACUUUUUUUAGAAAUACUACUCCCUUCGAAUUGGAUAAGACUCCUGGUAUCGAAAAUAACGAGAAUUUGGGUAAUUUUGGUGGUUUGGGUGAGGUUAAUGAUGGUCCAAUCGAUGCGUCGUUGAGUCUUGAUGAGUUUUUUAGGAGGUAUACUAGUGAGGAUAACGAUAGCUUUUCAAAGAUUAUGGAGAAGGUGAAUAGGAAGAGGAAGGAGAGGUGUGAAUAUUUAACAGUUGGCGAAAAGGAGGGAGAGGGAUUGAUCGAGGAUGCGAAGAAGGAAAGGUUUAUUACGGAUGGGUAUGGGACGUCUGACCAGCCUCCGAGCACGUUGGAGGGGUGGAAUUAUACCGCGAAGAAUUUGUUGAUGUACAAUCCAUCUGAUAAGGGGGAAGUGGCGUUGACGGAGGAGGAGAGGGCGGAGAGGCUAAAGUAUUUGACCAAGGAGAUUAAUCGGCCCAAUACCCGUUUCCAUGGCAAGAUGAUGGAUUCUAGGCCGAAAGAGGAAGAUACGGUGGCUGUGCUUUAUACCCCGAUCCCCGGGGGAACUCCGAAUCCAUUCUCCUUGUCGGAUAGGGAAGGAGAUAAAUUGAAGAGGUAUGAUUUGGAGGAUUUGAGGAAGACUCCGAAUCCUUAUUACGUUGAAUCGUCUAAGGAAGGUGAUAAUGGAUAUAAAUAUGUCCGGACACCGUCUCCUGCUCCGGGUAUGGAUGGGUCGCCAUUUAUAACGUGGGGAGAAAUUGAAGGGACUCCUCUGAGGUUAGAGCCUGAGGAUACACCGAUCGGUAUUGGGGGUAGUGGUGAUCGUCCCCACUUUAGGAUCCCUCUACCACCUACUAGGGAUGCAAAGGCUCACUCUUUGUCAAGGGAGGCUGCUCGUAAACUGAGAGAUAGGUCUAAGAUGUUUCAGAAACCACCAUUGCCGUCACCAGUUAGAGGAGGAAGUGCUAGUCCAAGCACGAGGACACUCUCUCCUGCUGCCCAAAAGUUUGUGAGGAAUGCAAUUGCCAAGUCGUCACAUUCUGUUGAUGAAUCACUUCGUGCCAGUUACCGGGGUGCAAGCCCUGGGGCGGGGACUCCAAAAGCUGGAAGGAGUAUAUCAAGGUUUGGGAGAGAUGGAAGCGUGGAUUCCAGGUCACCUUCUGUAGGGGAGGGCUUGAAUCCUCCUUGGUAGUGCGUUUAAAUGUCUUUUUCGUGUGCUUGUUUCAAGAUUUGUGAUUCUCAAUUAUGAUGUACAAUAUUGUCCUUUGUGGUAUUGGAAGUUUGACUCUGAAUAUGCAAAAAGAUGAAAUAAACUACUGAAGUUACUGAA